AGAAAAAUGUCUUGAUAUUUUAAAAUCUUGGGGAAAUUUAUUGUUGAGCAAGGGUGUACCUAGUGUACUUAGUGUACCCAGUGUACCCAGUGUACCUAGCCUUCCUAGUCUACUUAGUCUUCUAGAUAGUGAGAAAGAAAAAAAAUCAAGAUGUCCCAGGUUCCCUGUUCUAAGUUUACAGAUAACUACGAGCUCAAGGAGGAAUUGGGAAAGGGAGCUUUUUCCAUUGUCAAAAGAUGUGUACAACGGCAUACUGGUCUGGAGUUUGCGGCUAAAAUCAUAAACACCAAGAAACUCUCUGCCAGAGACUUCCAGAAGCUCGAGCGCGAGGCGCGCAUUUGCCGGAAACUACAACAUCCAAAUAUUGUUCGUCUUCAUGAUAGUAUUCAGGAAGAGAGCUUUCACUACCUCAUCUUCGAUUUGGUGACGGGUGGUGAACUGUUUGAAGAUAUUGUUGCCCGUGAGUUCUACUCUGAAGCUGAUGCUUCCCACUGUAUCCAGCAGAUACUGGAGUCUGUAAACCACUGCCAUUCAAACGGUGUAGUUCACAGAGAUCUCAAGCCAGAAAACCUUAUCCUGUCCGAAAAACCUAAGUCUCAACCUGAAAACCUCCUGCUCGCUAGUAAAAGUAAGGGAGCAGCUGUUAAACUAGCAGAUUUUGGGUUAGCCAUAGAAGUUCAGGGAGACCAGCAAGCAUGGUUUGGGUUCGCUGGUACACCCGGAUACCUCUCCCCUGAGGUUUUGAAGAAGGAACCCUACGGGAAACCAGUCGAUAUAUGGGCCUGUGGUGUAAUAUUGUAUAUCCUACUUGUUGGAUAUCCUCCGUUCUGGGAUGAAGACCAGCAUCGUCUCUACGCGCAAAUUAAAGCGGGAGCAUAUGAUUAUCCUUCCCCGGAGUGGGACACAGUCACGCCAGAGGCGAAGAAUCUGAUAAACCAGAUGUUGACAGUAAACCCUGCCAAGAGGAUCCGUGCCGAGGAGGCCCUCAAGCACCCCUGGAUCUGCCAGAGGGAGCGUGUUGCUUCCGUUUUCCACAGGCAAGAGACUGUGGAUUGCUUGAAGAAGUUCAAUGCUCGAAGGAAGCUGAAGGGAGCUAUCCUCACUACUAUGCUAGUGUCAAGAAACUUCUCAAUCGGAGGGUCCUUCAGCUCCGGUAACAAUGACAAUAUAGCGUAGAUUUAUUUUUAGAAAAUUCUGUUUUUUACUUUUAAAAUCAUACUUGCUUAGGUUACUAGUCAAACAAAAGCAAAAUAUACAAGAUAUUAUACAAAACAUGCCGAUCAGCUUUCCUUUUGUAAACGAUCAUCUUGGUUUUAUAAAGCAUGGAAACCAGAAAACGAUGGAAUUUUCAUCUUCAUCUUUUUCUUUUAAUAAUGACUAUUUUCGAACUUCUUCAAAGAAACAAAAAUAAGAAAAUAAAAAAUUUUGUUUUUCAUAAUUUUCCAACAAAACAGAAAAAGUAAACCUAAAUGCUUACUCCCUUCGCUUUAUAACAGCAGGGCAGUCUGUACUGCAUACUC